CGUGGUACUACUACACAUCACGUUAUAAAUAUAUUUAAUUCAAUUAAAUUAUUUAAUAAGUAGAUAAUUAGAUAAUAUUAUAAGGAUAAUUUAGUAUUAUCCUUUAGGAGAAGGAUUAUCCGAUUUCUUAAGUGUCAUCUAGUGAUAAUUUUUAUUUAAAAGUGCUGAAAGUGAUUUUUUAAGUAACGAACAGUGUCUUGUUACGUGGAGAUACACAGUAAGAGAGACAUUAGAGAAUUUUGUGUUUGUUCCUUACAAAAUGUCUAUGACGAGCAUUCAGACACCUAUGACAGAACUUGGGUCCAAUAUUGGCCGCUCGAUGUCCGUGUCGUCGGCUCUAUCCGAGAUGUGCCGCAUUGAUUAUUCGACCAUCAACAACCAGCAUCAUCGUAAAUAUUCGCAGCAGCAGGCUGGUUUGUCUGGUGGAGCAGGAAAUAAUUCUGCAGGCAACAUCCUGACAAUCGAAGAGCUCAGAACUCAAUUGGUCUCUUGCUUCACUUGCGGCGUUUCUUGGGCUGAUCAGCAGGUUUCGCUGGAUUGCUCCGAAUGCGGAGGCUAUGCUCUCGAGAGACCCUGCCCUCUUUGUGAUGGCAAAUGUGGCUCUCAACCUUGGCGCAGAGAUUUCACCAUGUCUCAUGCAUGCAGCAAGGCCCGCUGGGAGGGACAGUGCUCCUUAGAAGUUCCAAAACCCGCCGCCGCCGCUGAAACCGCAUCUUCCGGUCCAGAGACCGCCGAAAGCGGAGAUUCACGAUCCGCUUCCGUGACCGAUUCGAAAACAUCCGCUGGAGCGUCGGAAUUACCCGAACUGUGCUCGAAACUAGAGAAACUUGAGACGUGACGUCAUAUGUCGUUUUAAACUUCGACACGUGUCAGCGCUGACAUAUGGUAGGAAUGACAUGACAUGACAUGGAGUGAAAUUGGAAGUAUUGACAUGUGUCGGUUGUGAUUUGAAUUGGGUUAUAUCGAAGUAUUGAACCACGCGAAUUUUGAAUAAGUCUUGUGCUCAUGUCUAAAAAGCAAUCUUUUUCUAUUUUAUUUAAUCAUAUAUA